AGAGGCCGAGCAGAGGCGGAAGUGACGCUCCGGUUGCCGCGGCGAUCGCCGCCCCGGGGACUGCCGGUGCGGGCCGCGCGGUCCGUGGUGCGCGCGCGGCGGCGGCGGCGAUGAUGGCGGGGCGGCCCCCGCCGGGCGCCGCGGGCUGCUGCCGCCGCCUCCUUGCGGCGGCGCUGGCGGCGGGGCUGCGGCCGCUGCUGUGCGGGCUGCAGCCGCGCUGGGCGGCGGCGGCGCGGCGGGCGGCGGCGGGGUGGCCGAGCCCCGGCCCGGCCCCGGGCCUGCGGGUGCCGGAGGCGGCGGAGGCGGCGCGGCUGGUGCAGCAGGUGCAGCGGGAGCAGCGGGCGGGGGUGCCGCUCCGCCGUUUCAUCGCCUGCCCCGAGCUGGCGCGCACCGUGCAGCGCUGCCUGCAGGGCGGCGCGGCCCCCGGGCCCCAGCCCCCGCUGCUCGAGUGCGCGCCCGGUCCUGGAGUCUUGACCCGGACUUUACUCAAUGCAGGUGUUAGAGUUGUUGCUCUAGAAAGUCACUCGGCUUUUCUUCCAAACUUACAGUCCCUAGAAAAUAGCCUGGAUGGACAAUUGAAAGUAAUUUAUGGUGACUUCUUCAGACUGGAUCCUUUGAUCGCUGGGCCAGUGAAACCACCUGCUGUGUGUUCUGAGAAACUUUUUGAAUCUAUGGGUGUAGUGGCAGUUCCUUGGAGAGCAGAUGUACCUGUGAAAAUUUUCGGAAUUUUACCACAAAAAAAGGAAAGAAACACACUAUGGAGGCUACUUUUUGCCCUUUAUGAAUGCAGUUCCAUAUACAGAUAUGGAAGAGUAGAACUCAACAUCUUUAUAAGUGAAAAAGAGUAUAAGGUAUUAACAGCAAAACCUGGAGAAGUGAAGGCCUACCAAGCACUUACUGUGCUUUGGCAAGUAGGAUGUGAAAUUCAGCUUCUGCAUAUGGAACCGUGGUCAUCAUUUUUAACUAAUUUGAAAAAUGGGGGACUGGCAGUACCAAAGAGCACGUGGCUGCCAAAUGACCAUUUAUGUUUGGUACGACUGACUCCCCGACAAAAUCUAUUUACAGGAGGCCUGAAGGCCACAAAUUCAGCUACCUUUAUUUUCAUGGUGAAACAGUGUCUUGCUAAACCCAAGUCUAGACUUAUUGAUAGAUUAAACUCAUGGAGCCUGUACAAUGGCCGCAAAUUAUUGAGAGAGCUAGAAAUUCCAGAAAAUGCCAGAACAGUUAACUUGUACCCGGAAGACUAUAGAUGUCUUUUUGAGGCUUUGCAAAACUGUAGUGUGUUUACUGAAAGCUGGUUCCAUGAUGAAGUCUUGGAAAGUAUAAGAAAUAUAAACUUCUAAAUCUAAAGGUGCUGACAUUUGGAAGAUCUUCUUUGCUUCUGGAAGAUUACUAUGAUAAGAAAUGGUUUUAAAAUACUGGAGAUACUGUUAGCUAGAUGAUUUCCUGCCCAAACAGGAAGAUAAAUGUACCAAGAAACAAGAGCCCUUCUACACAGGAUGCAACUACGGGAUUUACAGUCAUUUGACUACAGUCCUAUCCAGAAUGGACAAAUUUUGCAUCUUCUCCAGGAGCAUAUUAGCAAACGGCUGCUUUUGGAAAUACUACUAAACUGAACUUUUUGUUAUACUGCUGUGGAUUUACAUCAUCUGAAAAAAAACAGACCAAAUACAGUGAUUUGUGCAGUUUGUAUUUUAGUGCUCAAUGAUCUGAGUGCUCUUUCAGAUUUCCCAAAUAUAUAGGUCUUUACAAACAUUGAAUCUGUUUUAUCUUCUCCUGACCUAAAAGCCUUACAGUCUAAAAUUAACAUAAUGUUAAUAAAUCAAGGCAGUGGGUUAAUAGAAGACAAAGUAAUGACAGUACAAUAAAACAUCCAGAGAGUUUUGUUUAACUAGAGAUUUUUGUUGUGUCUCUGGUUGGGGAAAAAUUCAUAGCUAUUUUUUCUUUUGAAAAAUUGAAAUGACAAAAUUAAUUGAACUUUGGCCAGUCUCUUCUAACUUAUCAUAUGCAAACACCUGUAUGUGCAUAGGCUUUAUCUUUAGGUCUGAAAACAGUCACCAGUCAUUCAGUGUUGUAUAAACAGUUUAAAAAAAAAAAAAAAAAAAAGAAAACUUGCAACCUUUGUCAGUUCAUUGUGUAUUACCUGUAUAUAAAACCUUAUUUUAAAACCAUAUGCUAUUAAAAUUCUCUUUUUAGCCAUAGUACUCUAUAAUGCAACCUGUUCCUAGUUCCUUUUGCUUUCUUAUCAUAUAACUUUUCUGUUCUUGUCUGUUGGAUAGUGCUGGCAGGUACUACUGGUUGUUUUCUGUACUACCUCCUAUGGGAAGCAGUGUGGCAGGAAAGACUUUUUUUGAGCAUAUAAGUUAAUAAAAUGUCUUUUUGGUAAAGGCUCAGCCUUUUUUUCAGACUUUGGAAAACAGUAGUGACCAAAACAAUCCAAACAGAGAAUUGUAUUUCUUAAGCAUAGUGUGAGGUAUAUUUGUGACAUGCAUUCAUCUCUGUCUUCCUCCUGCAACUCCUGCUGCAGGAGAAAAAUUCACUUGCAGCAGCUUCAGUUCACUGCCUAAGCUAGGCUACUAGCCCUCACUGCAGUGUUAGAAUCCCAGCUGUCUGCUUAAGCUGCUGAUAAGCUUUUGUAAUGAUAAAACUAUUAGAAAGACUGAGGUUUAUGUCUCAUUAUGUCUCAGAAUGUUAUUUGUGCUUUGGUAUAUGUCUUGCAGAUUUGAGGGUGUUUUUUGUGUUCAGAGCUCUCUCUGCUUUAGAUAAGCUGCAUUAUAAAAUGACCAUGAAUGGCAAACUUGCUAAUGCAGGAGCAAUUCCACCUCUUCUUCAAACUCAAUAGAUGAUAACUUGUGAAAUCGACCAGUCAACAAGAACACAGUGUCUCCUGGCUUAAUUUUUUUUUUCUUGAAUCAAAUACCUUGCUCUUGUUGCAGCAAGAUACCAUAACUCAACAUAUUGGAAGUAUUCAAUGCAUAAGAUAAAAAAGAGCACUAUCUAUAUAAACGUCUUUAACUGUGUUGCUGAUGACAUUUAGAACAUGAGCUGAAGAAAUAAAAUUAUUUGCUGUAA